GUAUAAACCCCAUGGACGCUAAACCCUAAAUCCAAGUCCAACGCACAGAGCGACAGAGAGGAAAACCUCUGUCGAACUAACUCUAUCCCUAUAUACGGAGCAAGAGAGAAGAAGAUCCUCAGACGACUUCAUUUUGAAAAAGGAAAUGGCUUCCUCACGAGGUCUGAACAACCUGUACAAGACCAGUUCUAUCUUUUUCUUCUCUUCGCCAGGUUACCGUCGUGGUCACCGCCAUCUGACUUCAUUGCAGCACCGUUCGAUUUCUGGAACGGCGCAGCUCGAGGCCUCAUGGAUGGAAACGAUUAAAGGGGUAUUCACGGGUAAAAGCACCAGCUCACAAGACCAACCCGCCUCUGAAUCCUUCACUCUCCUUCGGUUUGCUGAUCAGUUGAAGAAUGCAAGAAAAGUAGGGACAUUUAAGCAAUAUAUAGUGGGUCGAAGCAGUGAAGCAACGUUUGCUGAUGCUUUUGAGAAGCAGGAAGCAAUUAUUCGAGUCCUUGGAGGUUUUGAUCCCAUGGGAGAGAAUCUUCAUAGCAGCCAAAAGCAAGCUGCUGCAAAGCAGUGUAAUUGCACAAUAGCUGAGGUUGAGAAUGCCCUAGCAAAGUUUACUUGGGCUAAGGAAGCACAGAAGAAAAUAGAGAAGUUAAAGCAAGAAGGGAAACCAAUGCCAAAGAGCUUAGCUGAGGUGCAAAAGUUGAUGGGCUCAACACCGUUGGAUCUGGCCAGGUCUAAUUUAGCUAAAAGUGGGCAAAUAAGUAGAAAUGCAUUCUGCCCAUGUGGUUCCAAGAAGAGAUAUAAACGGUGCUGCGGCAAGGAAUGAUUGAAGAAAUUGAAGAAGAAUAUGCUGUAGAUGAGCUGCAUUUGGUUAUGGGAUUGAUUCUUGGGAGAUGGUAGAAUCCAUUUGACGUCUCCAAAAGUGUUCUGUGGUGCCUUCAGUUAAUUCUUAAUUCAGCUGGAUGGGAUGAGUUGGGCUGCUGAUCAGCUGUUAAUUUGGCUGCAUUACCCACUUUUGGUUUAAAACAGCUCUGUAAGUGUUCCUUGUUUGAGGCAUAAUAAAAUUGAUAGUUAAAUGGAUACAAUUGUCAA